CCGCGGAGCUGCGGCGGUGGGCGGGGCAGGGCGGCGAGCGCGCGCGCGCAGACGCGGAGGGCUGCCCGAUGGAGCCCGGAGCUGAGCCCGCCGCCGUGGAGGUUCCCGCCGGGCGCGUGCUCAGCGCCCGGGAGCUCCUCGCCGCCCGCUCGCGGUCCCAGAAGCUCCCCCAGCGCUCUCAUGGCCCCAAGGACUUCCUCCCCGACGGCUCGGCGGCCCAGGCCGAGCGGCUGCGCCUGUGCCGCGAGGAGCUCUGGCAGCUGCUGGCCGAGGAGCGCGUGGAGCGCCUGGGCAGCUUGGUGACCGCCGAGUGGAGACCGGAAGAGGGCUUCGUGGAGUUGAAGUCUCCCGCGGGUAAAUUCUGGCAGACCAUGGGCUUCUCAGAGCAGGGCCGGCAGCGGCUUCACCCCGAAGAGGCCUUGUAUCUGCUGGAGUGUGGUUCCAUCCAGCUCUUCCACCAAGACCUGCCACUGUCUAUCCAGGAGGCCUACCAGCUGCUGCUGACUGAGGACACUGUGACUUUCCUGCAGUACCAGGUCUUCAGCCAUCUGAAGAGACUGGGCUAUGUGGUUCGACGAUUCCAACCAAGCUCGAUCCUGUCACCUUACGAGAGGCAGCUGAACUUGGAUGGCAGUGCCCAGCACUUGGCAGAUUGGCAUGGCAAGAGGAAGAGGAGCGCCAGCUCUCGGUCCAUUAAUAAGAAGCCCAAGGCCCUGGAGAACCCCCUGCAGGGGGUGGAUGGGACACUCGAGAGACUGGCAGCCUCCAGCCCACCUCCCCGCAACCAGAACAGCCGAUGCCCAGAGGAGAAACCCCAGGAGUCAAGCCCUGUAAAGGGCCCAGCGGGCCCUUUUCAGCUUCUGGGGUCCCCGGAGCCCUGCUCUGUCCUGACCAGGGAGGGGGUGGGGUGCAGAAACGAGAGUGGCAAAGUAGAGAAUGGGGUCCAGGGGGCUUGUAAGCCACGCUGGAACUUUGAGCAGAUCUCCUUCCCCAACAUGGCUUCAGAUAGUCGCCACACCCUCCUGCCUGCCCCAGCCCCAGAGCUGCUCCCCGCCAACAUCACUGGGCGGGAGACAGACACCAAGUCCUGGUGCCAGAAGCUGAACCAGCGGAAGGAGAAGCUCUCCAGGCGGGAACGGGAGCAACAGGCAGAGGCCCAGCACUUCCGGGAGGAUGUAAACUCGGAUCCCGAGGUGCAGCGCUGCUCUAGCUGGUGGGAGUACAAGCAGCUGCUGCAGAGGCGGCACCUGCAGAAGACCCAGAGCCGCCCCCCACACCUGUGGGACCAGCCUGUCACUCCCUUGCUGAGUCCUGGCCAGGCAGACUCCCCAGCCGCAGUCCUUCAGCAGAUCUCUGUGCUGCAGAUGACACACCUUGCUGAUGGCGGUGCCGGGCUGCUGGAGAAGGCUGGGGGCUUGGAGAUCAGCUUUGAUGUUUACCAGGCCGACGCUGUGGCCUCCUUCCGAAAGAAUAACCCUGGCAAGCCCCAUGCCCGGAUGUGCAUUAGUGGGUUUGAUGAGCCAGUCCCAGACCUCUGCACUCUCAAGCGAUUGUCCUACCAGUGUGGGGAUGUUCCUCUGAUCUUUGCCCUGGUGGAUCAUGGAGACAUCUCCUUUUACAGCUUCAGGGACUUCACGCUGCCCAGGGAUCUGGAACACUGACCGUGCACUUCUGGCAGGACCUGGGGCCUGCUCUGGGGGACCUGGACUAAUCUACUCUCAGGGACCAUCUCAGCUGCCUCCUACACCCAGACUCUGGCCUGUAGCUGCAGGGGCCAGUCUGGGCCGUGGCCCUGGGUGUCUGAUGCUUGCAGGAGAGCGAAGCUCUGCCCUACACCUGGCUGCCGCAGUGCUUCCAAGCCCCAGGCCUGAGAUUGCUGCCUUGCAGUGAUCCUUCUGGAACUCAGCACUAGAUUUCAGAGACUCAGAGAGGUGGGGCAGAAGAGAGGACUCUGUGCCUUUAAAUGAGAGGGUGCCUGCUUCAUGCAAUAAAGCCAAAGCCAUUAAAAGAUA